ACCGACGACCUCCCGAGGUCAUACAUCAACAUGGCGCCCACCGCUACCGUUCUUCUAAAUGAAGACAGCACCAACGCCGCAUCAGGUGCCCUGGGCCUAGCCAAAGAUGGUCGAAAGCUCAAAAUCCGCUCAUAUCCAAUAUUCGAAACCCUCCUCGAAGAAAGAAACUACCGAAAACAGCACCUGGCCGCAGCCUUCCGCGUCUUUGCUGAUCGAGGAUUCGACGAGGGAGUCGCAGGACAUAUAUCCGUCCGAGACCCCAUCUUGACAGAUCACUUCUGGCUUAACCCGUUAUCCAUGCAUUUUGCCUUAAUUAAAGUCUCGGAUCUGAUUAUGGUGAACGAAGACGGUGAAGUUGUCGAGGGAGACGAACCUAUCAAUGGAGCUGCUUUUGCUAUUCAUUCGGAGAUCCAUAAGGCCCGACCGGAGGUUAAUGCUGCAUGUCAUGCGCAUUCUGUCCAUGGGAAGGCAUUCAGCGCUUUUGGUCGCGAAUUGGACAUGGUUACGCAGGAUUCGUUGCGCUUUUAUAAAAGCCAUGCUGUGUACGCGGAGUUUGGGGGUGUGGUACUGGACCGGGAGGAGGGGAGACGGAUCACAGCGGCCCUAGGGACUGGGAAGGCUGUUAUAUUGCAGAAUCAUGGUUUGCUUACUGUUGGUGGAAGCAUUGACGAGGCGGCGUUCUGGUUUAUCAGUCUGGAUAAAACUUGCCAUGCACAGCUUCUUAUCGAUGCAGCUGAGCUGGGUAGUGGUCAUAAGCGGAAGAUUAUCAAUGAUGAGGAGGCGGAGUUCACGUCGAAGCAAGUUGGGGGUCCGGAGAAAGGGUGGUUGGCAUUCCAGCCUUACUAUGAUGAGAUCGUUGCAAAAACAAAUGGUGGGUUUUUACUGUGA